UUAGCCGUUAGCACCCAGGAGCUAACAGAGCAAUGGCGGCCUCGGUGUUGCUGGGCUCUGUGGAAAACACCGGAGGAAACACAGGAGGAAUCACAGUGGGAGGACUCUCCUUUAGAGGGACCGUGUUACCGGGGAACAGCACCGGACCGGCCUCCUGGAACCGCUCUCUGGACCGGGCUCUGGAGGAAGGCUCGAGCACCGGGAGACUCAACCUGAGCGGCCGGAAACUGAAGGAGUUCCCCCGGAUCACCGAGAGCCACGAUCUGACCGACACUACUACUGCUGACGUGUCCCGUAACCGUCUGUCGGAGCUUCCUCUGGAGGUCUGUCUCUUCGUGUCUCUCGAGAGUCUGAACCUGUACCAGAACUGUCUGAGGACUUUACCUGAGAGCCUGCUGAACCUGCAGAGCCUCACCUACCUGAACCUCAGUCGUAACCAGCUGUGUGUGCUGCCCCCGGUGGUCUGCAGUCUGCCUCUGAAGGUCCUGAUUGCCGGAAACAACAAACUGCUGUCUCUGCCAGAGGAAGUGGGUCAGCUCAGACACCUCACCGAGCUGGAUGUGAGCUGUAACGACAUCCAGACGCUGCCGCCUCAGGUCGGUCAGCUGGAGGCUCUGCGGGACUUGAACAUCAGGAGGAACCACCUGAUGCACCUGCCCCCAGAGCUGGCGGAGCUGCCUCUGGUGCGUCUGGACUUCUCCUGUAACAAAGUGACCGUGAUCCCCGUCUGUUUCCGCCGCCUCGCUCAGCUGCAGAGCAUCGUGCUCGACAACAACCCGCUGCAGUCCCCACCUGCACAGAUCUGCAUCAAAGGGAAGGUGCACAUAUUUAAGUUUCUGAACAUGGAGGCCAGUAAGAGCACACCUGAUCUGCCCGACUACGAGCGGCGACCUCUGACCUUCAACUCCUGUGCUGACGAGCUUUACCCCGGACGUCCGUACGGAGCGCUGGACUCCGGAUUCAACAGCGUGGACAGCGGAGACAAGAGGUGGUCAGGGAAUGAGCCCACAGAGGAGCUGUCAGAGCUGCCGCUGAGAGUCAAUGAGAUCAGCAGAGAGCAGAGACAGAGAGGACUGCUGGCUAACGGGACCAAUGUGGAGCUGGAGCAGAUAGACUUCAUCGACAGCUGUGUAGGGGAGGAGGAGGAGGAAGAGGGGAGGAGUCGAGCAGCACCAGCAGCAGGUGGGGGGGGAGACAGAGCAAGCCUCAGCUCUCAGUUCAUGGCCUACAUCGAGAGUCGCAUCACCAGAGAGGGUUCUCCAGGAAAAACCAGCUUGAGGACAGAAGACACGCGGAGACACAACAGGAGUGUGGUGGACGGUGUCACAGCGCCCUCUGGUGUCCACAGUCAGAGAGUGGGGGGAGCUGCAGGUGUAGGGGGGGUGGAGCGGGUCAGGCGGGAGGCUCAUCUGGCGGCGCUCAGGUACGAUGAGGAGCGACAGAAGAGCCGCUGCAAGCAAAACACAACAACACAGAGCCCAACAAAGUCAGACAGUGAGACUGUUUACCCCUCCAGACGCUCCACCCACACAGAUGACUCCGCCCUCUUUAUGGGAGAGGACCGGGCCACACUCUCUCCUACAGCCAAUCAGUCGCCUUCGUACCCGAGCCCCGGGGGCGUGGCCUCCUGCCGGAACAGCCAGAGGCCGGAGAGCUUCCUGUUCCGCCUCGGGCAGAAGGAGGAGAGGAGGAAAGGUGAAGCUGUUCCUCAGGAGGCUCCCCCCCCUCCCCCCCCGCCUCUCCUCGGAGAAGACGCUGUGCUGGUGGAGCAGCUCAGGAAGAACAUCGAGGCCCGUCUGAAGGUGUCGUUGCCGAGCGACCUCGGCGCCGCGCUGACGGACGGUGUGGUGCUCUGUCACCUGGCCAAUCACGUGAGACCGCGCUCCGUCCCCAGCAUCCACGUCCCUUCCCCUGCUGUGCCUAAACUCACGAUGGCCAAAUGUCGGCGAAACGUAGAGAACUUUCUGGAGGCGUGUCGCAGGAUCGGAGUCCCUCAGACUCAGCUGUGUCUUCCUCUGCACAUCCUGGAGGAGCGAGGGCUUCCCCUGGUGGCUGGGACUGUGGCCGCCCUGCUGGACCUGGCACCUCCCCGACACCCUGUCACCCCCGGAACCACCCCCAGCAUGUAGACCCCCCCACACACACACACGGCACACGCUCAGUACGCUCCUUAAGGGGGAGCCUUCACAUACGAAACUGAUCCCAGAGACGGAGAGACCAGCUGAACCUCCAGAGUAACCACCAUCAGAACACUGCAUACACAGAGAGGGGUUUAAUACUCAGUGACCUCACACUGCAUACACAGAGAGGGGUUUAAUACUCAGUGAGCUCACACUGCAUACACACAGAGGGGUUUAAUACUCAGUGACCUCACACUGCAUACACACAGAGGGGUUUAAUACUCAGUGAGCUCACACUGCAUACACACAGAGGGGUUUAAUACUCAGUGACCUCACACUGCAUACACACAGAGGGGUUUAAUACUCAGUGAGCUCACACUGCAUACACAGAGAGGGGUUUAAUACUCAGUGACCUCACACUGCAUACACACAGAGGGGUUUAAUACUCAGUGAGCUCACACUGCAUACACACAGAGGGGUUUAAUACUCAGUGACCUCACACUGCAUACACACAGAGGGGUUUAAUACUCAGUGACCUCACACUGCAUACACAGAGGGGUUUAAUACUCAGUGACCUCACACUAGAUACACACAGAGAGGGGUUUAAUACUCAGUGAGCUCACACUGCAUACACACAGAGGGGUUUAAUACUCAGUGACCUCACACUGCAUACACACAGAGGGGUUUAAUACUCAGUGACCUCACACUAGAUACACACAGAGAGGGGUUUAAUACUCAGUGACCUCACACUGCAUACACACAGAGGGGUUUAAUACUCAGUGAGCUCACACUGCAUACACACAGAGGGGUUUAAUACUCAGUGAGCUCACACUGCAUACACAGAGAGAGGGGUUUAAUACUCAGUGACCUCACACUGCAUACACACAGAGGGGUUUAAUACUCAGUGACCUCACACUGCAUACACACACAGAGGGGUUUAAUACUCAGUGAGCUCACACUGCAUACACACAGAGGGGUUUAAUACUCAGUGAGCUCACACUGCAUACACACAGAGGGGUUUAAUACUCAGUGACCUCACACUGCAUACACACAGAGGGGUUUAAUACUCAGUGACCUCACACUGCAUACACACAGAGGGGUUUAAUACUCAGUGACCUCACACUGCAUACACACAGAGAGGGGUUUAAUACUCAGUGAGCUCACACUGCAUACACAGAGGGGUUUAAUACUCAGUGACCUCACACUGCAUACACAGAGGGGUUUAAUACUCAGUGACCUCACACUGCAUACACACAGAGGGGUUUAAUACUCAGUGACCUCACACUGCAUACACAGAGGGGUUUAAUACUCAGUGACCUCACACUAGAUACACACAGAGAGGGGUUUAAUACUCAGUGAGCUCACACUGCAUACACACAGAGGGGUUUAAUACUCAGUGACCUCACACUGCAUACACACAGAGGGGUUUAAUACUCAGUGACCUCACACUAGAUACACACAGAGAGGGGUUUAAUACUCAGUGACCUCACACUGCAUACACACAGAGAGGGGUUUAAUACUCAGUGACCUCACACUGCAUACACAGAGAGGGGUUUAAUACUCAGUGACCUCACACUGCAUACACAGAGAGGGGUUUAAUACUCGGUGACCUCACACUGCAUACACAGAGAGGGGUUUAAUACUCAGUGACCUCACACUGCAUACACAGAGAGGGGUUUAAUACUCGGUGACUAACAGCUACAUCAAUAACAUUGGUUUAGAGUUAACACCAACAUGCUACUGGCUAGCUCUAAAAACAAAUGUACUAAAUACAUAACAUAGCUAGCUAUUAAUCUACAAGAUGUUGAACUGAAGCUAAUGUAGCUCUUUGCUAACUCAAAACUCAUAGCAUUGAAGCUAAUGUAGCACCUUGGCUAACGUUGACUUUUUCAGUAGCGCAAUCAUGAAAUAAAGGAUUUAACUGAAGCAAGCGUACCUCAGUGCUAGCGUACGCUCACAUGAGUAUUCAGCUCGUCUCUCCGUCAGAUCCAAACAAGAACUUCCCAAAUCAGUUAAUGAGAUGCCUCUUUCUGUUUCUGUUGCAUUCUGGGACACUUACUAUGUGUAAAAAGGUGACACUAAAACAGUGUGUGGACUUUUCUACAGUUUUUACUAAAUAUAUGUGUACAAAUAUACUCUGUAAAUAUAUACAUAUAUAUAUAUAUAUAUAUAUAUAUGUACUGUGUGUGUGUGUGUGUGUGUGUGUGUGUGUGUGUGUGUGUGUGUUUUGCCAUGAACACACACAGCAUCAGUCUGAGGUCAAAGGUUAAGCAGGAACCCGUCAGCAGAGUUCUGAAACACAUUCAAUUCAAACUUUAUUCAUACAGCAAACCGUGUUACAGCUGCUGCAGAGCUCACUAGGACUCCUCACUGUACCUGAACGCAGCCUCCACCUGUUGAACAUCAAGAGGAACAGCUUCAGAGAGGACGCAGAUUUAGAAACACAAAUCAGAACUCAUGCAGCAACAUCUGCAGCAGCUCUUCAACACAUGCAGCAUCUAGAGAACAUUCAGCAGAGGAAACAUGAGCAGUUUACUAAAAGCUGCAGAAACCAAACGCUGCAAGAAGCUCCAACACAACGGAGACCAGGGGACACUAAAGAGAGACGCACACAGCUGGAGACCAGGGGACACUAAAGAGAGACGCACACAGCUGGAGACCAGGGGACACUAAAGAGAGACGCACACAGCUGGAGACCAGGGGACACUAAAGAGAGACGCACACAGCUGGAGACCAGGGGACACUAAAGAGAGACGCACACAGCUGGAGACCAGGGGACACUAAAGAGAGACGCACACAGCUGGAGACCAGGGGACACUAAAGAGAGACGCACACAGCUGGAGACCAGGGGACACUAAAGAGAGACGCACACAGCUGGAGACCAGGGGAGACUAAAGAGAGACGCACACAGCUGGAGACCAGGGGACACUAAAGAGAGACGCACACAGCUGGAGACCAGGGGAGACUAAAGAGAGACGCACACAGCUGGAGACCAGGGGACACUAAAGAGAGACGCACACAGCUGGAGACCAGGGGAGACUAAAGAGAGACGCACACAGCUGGAGACCAGGGGACACUAAAGAGAGACCGGAGUGCUGGGUGUGUUCAGGUUGGAUGUUUUCUAAACGCUGCUUGUGUUUGUUUGACCUUUUUCUGUUACAGCUCAGAUAUCACAUCUGCGUCUCCGGCUUCAGGUUGUGUUCUCCCCAGGAUUCCUGAGCUCUAGUUGUUUGUUUACUGAGUACUCUGAGGGGCGAGCCCGCUGACGGGGACCACAGUUUAGUUUUUAAUUUAAAAUGUAAACAUUUUAUAUUUUCAUGUUUUGAUAAGUGCUCGUGCUGCAUUCAGGGGCAAGUGGGACAUGAGGAUGUUCAGUGUUUUUGAACCUUCAGUUCCUGUUUCACCUGAACGCAGCAUCACCUGAGGACAGCGUGUACAGAUGUUUCCUGUUCCUCUUCUUGGUGGGUUUGUCCUGCAGCGGGGACGGGUCACGUGAUGGAGGUCAUGUGACGUGGGUCAUGUGAUGGAGGUCAUGUGACGGAGGUCAUGUGAUGGAGGUCAUGUGACGGAGGUCAUGUGACAUCAUUUAAAGGACAUUCCACAGUUUCUUUGUGGAGGACAGACUCAGUUUUUAAGUUUGACUUUUUUCCACUUUGUGUUAUUUUUCUGCUUAAACUGUAUAAAGGAUUUGAACACGUCUGUAUGGAGAGUUGAGUUUAAAGUGCUUUGAAUAAAUAUUUGAAUGUGA